AUGCUGCACAGGACCGUCCUAGUUGUGCUGUUGUUGGGACUGAUGCUGUGGCCUGACAGGGUGCAGUCAUGGCGCCGCAGACGAUGUACUGUUGUCCAUUGCCGAUGGGGCGGAUGGUCGAGCUGGUCCAGCUGUACAGCAUCAUGCGGGCCGUCUGGUACUCAAUACAGAACGAGAUCUAUUGCUACCAACGCUCAGUGUGGAGGCAGUGCCUGUAGUGGAUCUAGUAGGGCCACCCGGGCCUGUAACAGGCUGUGCUACUAUAGUGGUUAUGUGUCCGGCAACCGCUGUGUGUGCAGAUCGGGAUACACGGGGUCAUGCUGUCAAAGCGACAUCAACGAGUGCCACAGCAACAACGGAGGCUGUAACCAAAUCUGCACCAACACCUGGGGGAGUUACCGCUGUUCCUGCAGGCCUGGGUACCGUCUGUCAGGCUCCAGGACUUGUGUGGACAUCAACGAGUGUAGUAGCAACAACGGAGGCUGUAACCAAAUCUGCACCAACACUGUUGGGAGUUACCGCUGUUCCUGUAGGCCUGGGUACCGUCUGUCCGGCUCCAGGACUUGUGUGGACAUCAACGAGUGUAGCAGCAACAACGGAGGCUGUAACCAAAUCUGCACCAACACUGUUGGGAGUUACCGCUGUUCCUGUAGGCCUGGGUACCGUCUGUCCGGCUCCAGGACUUGUGUGGACAUCAACGAGUGCCACAGCAACAACGGAGGCUGUAACCAAAUCUGCACCAACACUGUUGGGAGUUACCGCUGUUCCUGCAGGCCUGGGUACCGUCUGUCCGGCUCCAGGACUUGUGUGGACAUCGACGAGUGUAGUACCAAUAAUGGCGGCUGUAGCGACAACUGCACCAACAUCGUGAGCAGUCAUUACUGCUCCUGCAGGCCGAGUUAUCGUCUGACGGGGUCUGGAGAAUGUGUGGAGUUUGCAACCCAAGCGCUGGACCUGGUCUUUCUGAUCGCCCGUCCUCGCUCGUCGGUCAGCAACGCGGACGUCAAGACGUUUAUAAAAAGCGUCGUGGCCGCGCUGAAAAUCAGCCAGACGGCCGCCCGAGUAGCCGUCAUCGAGUAUACGUCAGUCAUGCACAGCCACUUUGAUCUGCCGACUCACCUGAACGACACACAGCUGACUUCUGCCAUCGACGGCGCCCCGGCCUGGAGAUCGACCAGCUACAGGAAGACAGGCAGCGCCAUCAAAUACGUCACCGACUACCUGUCGUGGAGGAACGGUAUUCCUAAGGUCCUCGUGGUCAUCACGGACUCAACCUCAAUUGGAACCGAGAUCUCCCUAGAAGUGACCUGCAACCAGGGGUCGAUCUCCGUGACGAUGGAGAAGAGCUCGCUGACGUCAUUUCAGAUCAAUUCUGCGGAUGAUCUACAUCUUCAGCAGAUCACAUGCCUCGCAAGGGAUGACGGGAACUAUACUUAUUCUUUCAACAUUUCAAGUCUGUCGGCUUGUGGUACGGAGAAAGAACAAGUCGGUGACCACCUAGUCUUCACCAACACCAUCCACAGCAAGAUACCGUCCGGAGUGGAAAUCUGGAGAGGGAAGCUUCUGACCGUGAACGUCUCGUGUCGCUACCCGGUGGACCUGAGCCUCAGUCUGACGGGCGGAAUUAACCCUGUCGUGACCACAGAGACGUUCACCGUAGAGGGUAGCGGUGAGUUUACUGUGACCAUGGGGCUGUUCCAGGGUCCCACCUUCGGCACGGCGUACUCCACAACUCCGUCCAUCACGCUGGAGGACAACCUGUACGUGGGGCUGAACCUGCAGGGCGUAAGUCACUCCGAGCUGGUCCUCAGGCUCAGGAACUGCUGGGCAACCCCGACCAACAACGAGGAGGACCCGACCCGGUACCCCAUAACUACAGACGGAUGUCCGAACACUGAAGACGGGACCAUCUACAUCAUCGAGAACGCCCAGUCCAAGCAGGCCCGGUUCCGUGUGCAGAUGUUCCGGUUCACCAGCCACCCCCGCGUGUACCUGCACUGUACCAUCAGCGUGUGUGACCAGGUCAACCCUGGAACCUGCUCGCCGCCAUAG